GUAGCGUUACACUCCGAGUCAUCGUGGAUUAAGAAUCCAUGUCAGGUUUUCACGAAUCCCUGCGGCUCAGACGGCUCCCGCAGAACACUGCUCUCCACUGCACUGGCUCUGCGUGCUGGAAGCCCGCUCCGCGCUGCUUCCACCAAGUGUCUGAACACUGUGAGCGGGAUCUCUUCCAGAGGCGAGCCGCUGAAACUUGCCCAGUCUCUACAGUCUGAUUCAGGGGAGCCAAGAGCACAGCAUCGGUGGCUAUAAGUAGGCUUUUCUUCACAUCUCCCCGUCAUCAGACACUGAAAAAACUCCCACUCUGUGUUGUCACUCUUAGUCACCCAGUCUUUAUUUAUUUAUUUAUUUUUUCGUCGCUUCUCUUCUCCUCUUGUUUGUUGCUGCUGCAUCGGGAGUGAGUGCGCAGCGGAGCGCCGCGACUUGAUGAGCCGCUCAGAGAGGUGCUGUGAGGUGUUGAUGAGUUAGGACUGAGCGCAUAGCAACAUCUUGCAUGCUAUGGAGAUGCGUGUCCGGCACAGGGGGGAUGUGUGCGGGCUGAGAGGGGGACUCUUCGCCUGAUAGCCAGCCGCUCUGUCCCAGAUUAAGGGGAGGGGGGGGGGAAAGCAUGCCUCAGACCUGCAGACCAACUCUCUUCGCUGCAGAGGAGUUCCCACCAGACUGUCUUUUCACAAUCUGACAUAUUUUUCAAAAAUCACAUUUAAUUUCUUCCCGAACUGACUUUUUUUCUUUGCCAUUUUGGCGACUCCGCUGCUUUUCAUAAAAGGGAGAAGAUCGAUAAUGAACAUCUCUGAGACCAGUUGGCUUGGACUUUUCUAAUCAGAAGCUAUUAGCCACAACACUAACCUGCCUCAAAUCAUCAAUACUCAGCACCAUGGCAUGCUGCCUGCGGACACUACACACCUUUUGCUGGUUUCUCAUCACUUUAACCCAAGUACACUCCACAGAGGGGUUUAGCAGAGCUGCCCUGCCGUUUGGCUUAGUACGGAGAGAAUUGUCUUGUGAGGGUUACCCCAUUGAUCUUCGGUGUCCAGGCAGCGAUGUCAUAAUGAUUGAAAGCGCCAACUAUGGCCGAACAGACGACAAGAUAUGCGACGCAGACCCUUUCCAGAUGGAGAACAUCAACUGCUAUCUUCCAGAUGCCUACAAGAUCAUGUCACAAAGAUGCAACAAUCGCACCCAGUGCAUCGUGAUCACAGGUUCAGAUGUCUUCCCUGACCCCUGCCCAGGGACCUACAAGUAUCUGGAAGUCCAGUAUGAGUGUGUGCCCUACAGUCCAUGUCCAACCAGAAUAGGACCAAGAACACAGAAUGUAUCCUAUCACAACUGCCCUGAAGUGGAGCAAAAAGUUUUUCUUUGUCCUGGGACUCUGAAAGCUGUCGGUGACCCUUCCUUUCGGUUUGAGGUGGAGCAACAAGCUGGGGCCUGGUGCAAAGACCCCCUUCAAGCUGGCGACAAAAUCUACUUCAUGCCCUGGACUCCUUACAGGACAGAUACAUUAAUCGAAUAUUCCUCCCUAGAUGAUGUUCAAAAUGCCCGGCAAACCAUCACCUAUAAGUUGCCUCACCGGGUGGACGGGACUGGAUUUGUGGUCUACGACGGGGCUGUGUUUUUCAACAAGGAGCGUACACGCAACAUUGUGAAGUUCGAUCUGCGAACUCGAAUCAAAAGCGGAGAAGCAAUUAUUAAUAACGCCAACUACCACGACACGUCACCCUACAAAUGGGGAGGCAAAACAGACAUCGACCUGGCGGUGGACGAGAAUGGGCUUUGGGUGAUCUAUGCCACCGAGCAGAACAAUGGCAUGAUGGUUAUCAGCCAAUUGAACCCAUACACACUUCGGUUUGAGGCUACCUGGGAAACUGCGUAUGAUAAGCGCUCAGCCUCCAAUGCCUUCAUGGUUUGUGGAGUACUUUAUGUUGUGCGCUCCACCUAUGAAGACAAUGAAAGCGAGGUCAGCAAGAGCCUAAUAGAUUACAUUUAUAACACCAAACAGAAUCGUGGGGAAUUUGUUGAUAUCCACUUUCCCAAACAGUACCAGUACAUUGCAGCUGUGGAUUAUAAUCCCAGAGAUAACCAACUCUAUGUGUGGGAUAACUUUUACGUCCUGAGGUACAACCUGGAGUUUGGCCCGCCUGACCCAGCGCAUGCACCGCCUCUGUCAGAAGUCAUUACAGCCACGCAGCCUCAGAGAACUACGACCGUCACUACAACAACCACAGCACACUGGGGUGCGGCCAACACCACCACAACAGUGCUUAAGGAAGGCAGCAGGCGAGCACCCAAGCCGCCGCCUGUAAUCCCACAGACAACUUCUCCCCCGCCUCUGGAGUCCUUCCCUUUACCGGAGCGCUUCUGCAAAGCCGCCGAGAAGAGAGACAUAAUGUGGCCUCAGACCCAGAGGGGCAUGUUGGUGGAGAGACCUUGUCCGAAGGGAACGCGAGGCACGGCAUCCUAUUUAUGUCUUCUUUCCACUGGGGACUGGCACCCAAAGGGCCCUGAUCUUAGCAACUGUACCUCCCACUGGGUCAACCAGCUGGCCCAGAAGAUCCGCAGCGGUGAAAACGCAGCUAACUUGGCCAACGAGUUAGCCAAGCACACCAAAGGCCCGAUCUUCGCCGGAGACGUCAGCUCUUCUGUGCGUCUGAUGGAGCAGCUGGUGGACAUCCUCGAUGCUCAGCUGCAGGAGUAUAGGCCAAGCGAGAAGGAUUCUGCCGGAAGAAGCUUCAAUAAGCUUCAAAAACGAGAAAGGACAUGCAGGGCAUACAUGAAGGCCAUGGUGGACACGGUGGACAACCUUUUGCGACCAGAGGCCCUGAAGUCAUGGCAUGACAUGAACAGCACAGAACAAACUCAUGCGGCCACCAUGUUAUUGGACACUCUGGAAGAGGGUGCCUUUGUCCUUGCUGACAACCUUAUGGAGCCUGCAAUCGUCAAGGUUCCCGCAGAUAAUAUAAUCCUGGAUGUGUAUGUGCUCAGCACAGACGGCCAAGUCCAGGACUUUAAAUUUCCACAGUCAAGCAAGAAUGGGAUCUCAAUCCAGCUGUCUGCCAACACCGUCAAGCUCAAUAGUCGAAACGGAGUCGCCAAGUUAGUUUUUGUGAUGUACAAAAACCUGAGCCAGUUCCUGGGCACAGAAAACGCCACCAUCAAGAUGGCCAAUGAGGCCUAUGGUCGCAACGUGACGGUGGCUGUCAAUUCUGACAUCAUCGCUGCCUCAAUCAACAAAGAGUCUAGCCGCGUGUUUAUUAAUGACCCUGUCAUUUUCACCUUGCAGCACAUUGACAUGGAGCACUACUUCAACUCCAAUUGCUCCUUCUGGAAUUAUUCUGAAAGGAGUAUGAUGGGCUACUGGUCCACCCAAGGCUGCAAACGUCUGGACUCAAAUAAAACACACACCACCUGCGCAUGCAGCCAUCUCACCAACUUUGCCAUUCUUAUGGCACAUCGGGAAAUUUCAGGCAGCGUUCGAGAACACCACGAGCUGCUUCUUACAGUCAUCACUCGGGUUGGCAUUGUGGUGUCCCUUGUCUGCCUGACCAUCUGCAUAUUUACCUUCUGCUUUUUCCGGGGCCUGCAGAGUGAUCGCAACACCAUCCACAAGAAUCUGUGCAUUAAUCUCUUCAUCGCAGAGUUAAUAUUCCUAAUUGGUAUCGAUAUGACAGAACCCAGGAUUGGAUGCGCCAUCAUCGCUGGAAUCCUCCAUUUCUUCUUCCUAGCUUCCUUCUCCUGGAUGUGUCUAGAGGGAGUGCAGUUAUACCUCAUGCUCGUCGAGGUCUUUGAGAGCGAAUACUCCCGAAAGAAGUACUACUAUGUGUCUGGGUACCUGUUCCCGGCAAUCGUAGUUGGCGUCUCAGCAGCCAUCGACUAUGGGAGCUACGGGACCCAGAAAGCGUGCUGGCUGAAUGUGGACAAUCAUUUCAUAUGGAGUUUUAUAGGACCGGUCACCUUUAUCAUCAUGCUCAAUCUCAUCUUCCUGGUGAUCACGAUGUACAAAAUGGUGAAGCACUCUACCACCCUGAAACCAGACUCAAGUCGACUAGAGAACAUAAAGUCUUGGGUCAUGGGAGCUUUCGCCCUGCUGUGCCUGCUUGGUCUCACGUGGUCCUUCGGCCUCUUCUUUAUAAGUGAGGCCUCCAUUGUCAUGGCAUACCUGUUCACGAUAUUCAACACCUUCCAAGGAAUGUUUAUCUUCAUUUUCCACUGCCUUCUUCAGAAAAAAGUCCGUAAAGAGUACAGCAAGUGCUUCCGCCACACGUACUGCUGCGGCGGGCUGCCGACGGAGAGCUCGCACGGGUCUGCCAAGACCUCCACCGCACGGACCAGCGCACGCUACUCUUCUGGUACACAGAGUCGUAUCAGGAGAAUGUGGAAUGACACCGUAAGAAAGCAAUCUGAGUCCUCCUUUAUCUCAGGUGACAUCAACAGCACCUCCACCCUUAACCAAGGAAUGACUGGGAAUUAUCUACUAACAAACCCUCUCCUGCGACCACAAGGCACUAACAACCCUUAUAACACCUUACUGGCUGAGACAGUCGUGUGUAACACCCCCACAGCUCCAGUGUUUAACUCACCAGUGACCUUCAGAGAGACAAGGCAUUCACUGAACAGUGUGGUGAGGGAUACAAGUGCAAUGGAUACACUACCGCUAAAUGGUAAUUUUAACAAUAGCUACUCACUCCGUAACGGGGACUUUGGUGACAGUGUGCAGGUAGUAGACUGCGGACUCAGCCUGGACGACGCUGCCUUCGAGAAAAUGAUCAUCUCCGAGCUUGUGCACAACAACCUGCGUGCCUGUAACAAAAGCCACCAACAGCAACAGCACUCCAGUUUACAUCACCCAACCCACCGCCAGCAGCCGCCUCCGCCGCCACUGUACCACCAUCACCACCACACGGAGCGGGCUCCCCCCAAGGUGACUGUGGUAGGUGGCAGCAGCAGCGAAGACGACGCUAUUGUGGCUGACGCUUCAUCUUUGGUCCACGUGGGCGAUGCAGUGGGCCUGGACCUGCACCACCAGCAGGAGCUGGAAGCACCUCUCAUCCCCCAGCGGACUCACUCACUUCUGUACCCACCCCAGAAGAAGGUGAGGACCGAUGGGGGAGUUGAUACCUUUGUCAGCCCACUGACACCCACCAACCCCGAUGACAGUCCGCAGUCCCCAAAUAGAGACUCUUUAUACACUAGUAUGCCCAAUAUUAGAGACUCUCCAUGCCCUGAGAGCAGCCCCGAUGUCGUGGAGGAUGUCUCCUCCACCAAAGAUAGCGAGAAUGAGGAUGUUUACUACAAAAGCAUGCCCAACUUAGGGGCAGGCCAACAGCUCCAAGCCUAUUACCACAUAGGCCAAGGGACCAGCGAUGGCUACAUUAUUCCAAUUACUAAAGAGGACUGCAUCCCUGAAGGUGAUGUACAAGGACAGAUGCAGUUAGUGACAAGCCUUUAAAUGUAUUUAAAUCAUUCCCUUACCCUGCUUCCCUGAAACAAACCUGACUUCCUUCAAGACACACGUGUUGAAGGCAGGACAAGUGUUUUGUUUUGCUUUGUUUUAUAAGAGAGCCCAGAAGUUCCACCACACACGCGCACACACACACACACGCACGCAUGCACGCUGGAUAUCUACAGAUUUCUCCUCUGUCAUCCGUGUUGCCAUCUCCUUUCCUGCAGACUCAGAGACCUGCAGCACAGUAACGGCAGAGACAUGUUUUCAAGAGACUGUACAUAAAACGGAGAUUCAGAUUUUAAUUUUAAGAGACAAGCCAACAAUGUAUUUAAAUGUGCUGCUGCUGUUGAGUUAUUGAGAAAACUGAAGGUGUAAAAACAUAAAAAUAAAAUUAAAAAAGAUAAAAACUAAGAAAAAAAAAAAAAAAAACAUUACAGGUGACAUCCAAACAGCAAUUUAUCUCUCAAAAGGUUGUACAUACACUUCCCAACAUCCAUGCUGAACCAUCAUUUUUGUUGUUGUUUUUUUUUUUUUUUUUU